ACACAAAGUGUAGAGAGUGCAACUGGAAGUGGAAGGAACAACGACUGGUUAGGUUAGGUUAACCUUACUUUGCGCCUUCCUCGCGGAGGAGUUACGUAAAAGCGUUUAUAUUACAAACGACUAACAGGAGGAACGCGAUGGACAUCGGAAAUGUGGAGGACGAUCAGUCCAAGGCGGUGAUGCUGUUUGGCCGAGACAUCAGGAAGAUUCCCUGCUUCAAGCAGAGCAUGCUGUCCGGCAUCUACGGCGGCCUCGCGGCCGGCCUGGCCACCUUCCUGUUCACGAGUCGCGUUAAGCUGUCGACGAACGUGGCCCUGGGCUCCUACAUGGGCGUCGUCGUGGUUUACUGGUGCUACUGUCGAUACAACUACGUGGUGCAAAAGCACGCUUUGCAGGACCUGCAAAAUGUCCUUCAGCGAACGUCGAUCGGCAGCACGGAGGAGAUCAAGGAAGUCGCUCAGAAGCGUUAGGAAAAGCUGAUCGACGCAAUAAAAAUCGUUCCUCGAUCGCUAAAAACAUUCAAAAUAAUGUACGACGACGAUAAAUAUAUUUAUAUGCAAAUUACAUGUUGCGAUCGUAGUAAAUAUGAUGUAAUAUAAAUAAGAUUGUCGGAGUAUUUGUAAAAUGUAUGCAAAAGGAUGCCUGA